AUGAGAAGGGCAUACCAGGGAGAAGUCAUACAAGGAGAAGGGCAUACCAGGGAGAAGUCAUACAAGGAGAAGGGCAUACCAGGGAGACGGGCAUACCAGGGAGAAGGGCAUUCCAGGAGAAGUCAUACAAGUAGAAGGGCUUACCAUGAGAAGGGCAUACCAGGAGAAGUCAUACAAGGAGAAAGGCAUACUAGGGAGAAGGGCAUACCAGGGAGAAGAGCAUAUCAGGAGAAGGGCAUACUUAUAACAGUAGGUGGACUUAUUGAUCAUGAGGUCAAGUCUGACCAAUGCUAUCAAACUUAUCACUCCAGACUUAUUACACCAGGCUUAUUACAUCAGACUUAUCACACCAGACUAAACUCUCCAGGCUUAACUCUCCAGGCUUAUCACACCAGACUUAACUCUCCAGGCUUAACUCUCCAGACUUAUCACACCAGACUUAUCACACCAGACUUAUCAUACCAGACUUAUCACAUCAGACUAAUCAUACCAGACUUAUCACACAGACCUAUCACACCAGACUUAACUCUCCAGGCUUAUCACACCAGACUUAACUCUCCAGGCUUAUCACACCAGACUUAA